GCCUUGUUCACAAAAGCUGAGGGGCGUGCCAGAAAGCAGAGGUUCAAGAGUAUCACUUGCCAUAGCCAACGGGCACCAGGCAUCCAGGUACAUCCAAAGCAAGCGGAGCAGCUGGGAGACUUGGACUUUGGCCAUGGGGAGAAAGCGUGGGGGAGAAGGCGGCGAGGAUGCCCCAUUUCCGAGUGUUCCUGCAGGAGCUUUGGACCCGAUAGCACUGGGCUUCCCACCACCGCCUGGCGCUGCCCCAGCCCCAGCCGCCGCCCCGGCCCUCCCCUCCGCCCCCGUGCCUACCCCCCCAGCCCCGGCCAGCGGGGCAGCCGCGCCGCCCCCGGGACCGGGUUUGGGGCUGCCCAUCAUGCCGCAAAUGCCGGGGAUGCCACAGAUGCCGCAGAUGGGGCAGAUGGGGCAAUUUCCAGGGCUGCCUGGCCAGCUGCCCGGGUUGCAGAUGGGGCUGCCGGGGCUGCCUGGGAUGCCAGGACAAAUGCGGCCAGGUUUGCCUAUGCCGCCAAAGGCGCCAGGAAUGGGGCUGCCGGGGAUGCCCUCCAUGGGUGCCAUGGGUCUGCUGCCGGGCAUGGCGGCGCCGCCACGGCUGCCAGGAAUGCCACCGCCGGGAUCUCUCGAUUCGGAGGCAUUGGCCCAGAUGAGGUUCCAGCAGGUCGCCGUGGAGUACGAGCAGAUCAAGAGUGCCGGCAUUGACCCGCAAGUGCAGGAGUUGGCAGAGUACCACGGCCUAGACGAGAGAGCCACGCGUGCGCUGGAUGAAGAGAUGAAAAAGCGACGGGGCUCGUUUGAGUCAGAUAUGCAGGCUCUUUGGGUCGGAUUGGAGGGCUCCAAGAAUCCAUCAGGAAUGCUGAUGAUGAAGCUGAAAGACAUGCGCAUGGGAGUCUUCAAGGGCAUGACGGCUCUGAACAAGAAGAUCCAAGACUUCGCAAAACGGAAUCGAUUGGAUGCACAAGCCGCCGUGAAGCUGGGCGAGGUCAUGGAGGGUCGUGAUGACAUUGACGGCGAUCUUGCAAAGAUAGCCAAGCAUUUGGAAAGAUCCAACAAGCCAUCCUCCUUGAUGAUGAUGAUGCUCCGUGAACUGCGAGAUGGCAAGCCGGUGAAGGAUCCGGAGUACGCGGCUGCUAUUGGCAGCAAGAUCCAUGAGCGCGAACUCCGAGAUGCUAUGAAGGACCGCGAUCGAAGCCGCAGCAAGCCUAGAGGUGGUAGAGACGAAUCAAAAGGUGGUCGACACGACAGGGAGAGGCGCGAUCGUGACCGAGAUAGGGAGCGGGACCGUGACCGCCGGGAUGAUCGUCGUGUCGGUGAAUCGGCAAGUUGCAAGGCUCAAAUCGCCAGGACAGAGGUGACCGUGAGCGCGGUGGCGGUGACCGUGGAGAUCGUGGGGACCGUGGUGGUGGUGGCGAGCGAGGUGACCGAGGUGAUGGGGGAGGUCGGUGAUGCCCGACAUGGCAAAGAAGACGAGCACCAUUUUGCUGAUGAGACCCGCUUCAUGAGUUGCGCCCGCUGUUUGCUUGCAGGGUUACUAUUCACAGGCAAGGAUAUAUCAGUGUGGGAAGAGAGAAGUGUAUGGAGACCAGUCUCCCAGUGAAUGGGAUUGUGAUCGAAGGCCAGUUCUGAAGCAAGAAUUGCAAUCCUGCGC